CCAACCGACUCUUUCAAUUUACUCGUGCAACCGAUCGCCUGAAUUCCGAUUAUCGUCGCCGCCGGCGAGAAAUCGUUUUGGAAUUGCUCAGUAGCCGUUUCAGUUGGAAUACUGCCUCUCUAUGCAUGUUAUGGACAAUGUUAAUGAAAGGAGCACGUUUUAGGUUUUCCGGAUUCUUUAAGAGAUGUAUGAUAAUCUUGGAGCACAGCCCGGAGUACCUAGACCACCUAAUGCGCAGCCCAAUCCUUUUGGAAAUGCAUUUUAUGGUGCGAGUUCAGGAUUCAUAAGAGGUGGGCUGGGUGCCUAUGGAGAGAAAAUCUUGGGAUCUAGCUCUGAAUAUGUGCAAAGCAAUAUCAGCCGCUAUUUCUCCGAUCCUCAAUACUAUUUCCAAGUUAAUGAUCAUUAUGUGAAGAAUAAGUUGAAGGUUGUUCUUUUCCCGUUCCUGCACAGGGGCCAUUGGACAAGAAUUACAGAGCCAGUGGGCGGCAGACUUUCCUACAAACCUCCUAUUUAUGAUAUAAAUGCUCCAGACUUGUACAUACCUUUCAUGGCAUUUGGUACUUAUGUGGUGCUUGCUGGGUUAUCAUUAGGUCUUAAUGGAAAGUUUAGCCCCGAAGCCCUGAACUGGCUAUUUGUUAAAGGUGUCGUUGGCUGGUCCUUUCAAGUUGCCCUGCUGAAGAUGACAUUGUUUUCCCUAGGUAGCGGGGAGGCUCCUUUGCUCGACAUCGUGGCGUACGCUGGAUACACCUUCACCGGAUUGUCUUUCGCUAUAUUAGGGAAGAUAUUUUGGGGCUAUGCGUACUACUUUCUGCUGCCAUGGACAUGCUUGUGCAUGGGAAUCUUCCUGGUGAAGACCAUGAAGAGAGUUCUUUUUGCAGAAGUGAGGAGUUACGAUUCGAGCAGACACCAUUACCUGCUGCUCUUCAUUGCCUUGGCGCAGUUCCCUCUUCUGAUUUGGCUCGGGAAUAUUACUCUUAACUGGCUUCUUUGAACUGUAGAUUUGGGCUCAAGUUGCUGCUUUGAGGCGUAGUUGGUGUUAAUAUGCUACCCCAGAAAAUUUUGCAGGCAAAUUUGUUAGUUUGUUUGGUGAUAUAGUUUUCUCAUAGAAUAUAUUGUGCUUUAUUUCAUGCUAAGUUAUAUUUUUUUUUCUUUGAAAAUUGUUCGUGCUCAGUUUUUGCUAUCUAGCAGCUUAUCCGAUUUAGGUUGUCCAAUAGGAAAAAUGUGGAUAUACUGAAUGCAGCAUGUAGAAUGAUGUGACAAAUUACUAUGGUAUAUAAUAUGUGAUGAUCAUAUAUAA